CCUCUUUGCACUUGCUACUGUCUGGAAAUGUCAGGGACAUAUGUGCUUGCCACUUUCUUCACAUUUGUACUGCUAGGUGCCUGCUGAAUUCUCUGUGCAACAAGCAAUGGCACCAAUGCAGACGAUAGACCUAACAACUAUAUUUACUGCAACUAGUUUAAAGAAGAAAACAGCCACACCCACCGUCACACAGCAAGCGCGAGAAUCCACAACCACAACUAAAAAAAUAAAAUCAUUUGUUUUCUUUGAGGUGGAAAUCCUUGAUGCCAAGACCAAGGAACAGCUCUGCUUCCUCGACAAGGUGGAGCCAAAUGCCACAGUUGGAGAAAUUAAAUCUAUGUUCCAUAAGUCAUAUCCUCAGUGGUACCCAGCGAGACAGUCCAUAAGAUUAGACCCCAAGGGAAAGUGUGUACGCGAUGAAGAGAUUCUACAAACGCUCCCCGUUGGCACAACUGCUACCUUCUACUUCAAAGAUUUGGGUCCUCAAGUGGGAUGGACCACGGUGUUCCUGACCGAGUAUGCAGGUCCACUCUUUAUCUACCUGCUCUUCUAUUCUCGCUUGCCUUUUAUUUACGAAGAAAAGGAUGAAUUUACCACCAGCCCACACACUGUGGUGCACUUGGCAGGGUUUUGCCACUCUUUUCAUUAUGUCAAAAGACUGAUCGAAACGCUGUUUGUGCAUCGCUUUUCUCAUGGUACAAUGCCUCUUCGCAAUACUGUUAAGAACUGCUUCUAUUAUUGGGGUUUCACUGCGUGGCUGGCUUAUUUCAUUAAUCAUCCACUCUACACACCUCCAUUGUAUGGUGACCAACAAGUCCAUCUGGCUCUUUACACCUUCUUGGUAUGUGAAAUUGGAAAUUUCUCAAUCCAUCUAGCCCUGAGGAACCUGCGCUCUGAGGGAUCCAAGAUGCGUAAGAUUCCUUACCCAACAAAGAAUCCUUUCACUUGGCUCUUUUUCUUUGUGUCCUGCCCCAAUUACACCUAUGAGGUAGGAUCCUGGAUUGGUUUUACUAUAAUGACACAGUGUCUUCCAGUCGGUCUCUUUACCCUGAUUGGUUUCUUCCAAAUGACUGUUUGGGCGAAAGGCAAACACCAUAUGUACCUGAAGGAGUUUAAAGACUACCCCACCCUCCGCAUGCCAAUUAUUCCUUUUUUGUUGUAAUGUAGAGCAGAUCUGAGGCUACCCGGCACCAAAAGGGACAAAGCUGCCUUGGGAGAAAUCCUCAUUGUUAUCUAUGUACUGUCAAAUACACCAGGGUCUUCAGUGCAUGUCAACCUUCAGCAUGGAACUGCCAACCUGAAAUGCUCAUGUCCACGUUACUGACUCAUCACUGCCUGUGGCCCAACUCAUUGGAGGUUGAUUAUUUUAUUAUUCCUCAUGGUUUACGUUAGAAACUAUAUUGAUCCUUCCUCAAUAUCUUACAUUAACUUUGCCUUACUAGAAUACUCAAAAGUUCAAUCACUUCUCAAACUUUUAUUGAUAGUGUACUGUCUGCUAAGCAUGCUUGCUGUUGACUAAGUAUACUGGGAAGAAUCCACGGUUUUCAAGGCUUUGUUUUGACACCAAAGGGCAGCCUGUGUGUGUUACUUUGCAAAUCAUUUGCUAAUACUGUCUGUUGCCAAAUACAAAUUUAUAGCUGAAAUGCUUUAUUUUCAAAUAAAAAUGUACUAAAUAAAGGGUGAAAUAAGUGAUGUUCUAGAGUUCCUCUUGAGUGAUGGCCCAUGUGACAGACAGAGUUUACAUGUUCCUGUACUGCCAGUAUGAUCCAUAUGUUUUGUGAUGAAACAGGUGUGCCUUUUCUUACCCUUGAUAUGUAUAGCCCAAUUAAAGUUCAGCAGCAAGCUUUUGUGA